GUCUCACCUUCACGACUGAUCCUCCCAAGAAAACAGGGUAUAGCAAGGUUGGCUUGGGCGGGCUUCCGAACGACGGCACCAGAAGGAGGUCUACCGGAUCUAUGGACUAUCCUAAUGUGGACAGGGAGAGGCCAACACGUCAUCGAUAUACCAUCACUGGCAUCAAUGAGGGAGGGCAUA